UCGUGUAGUGCAUGCUCAUUCAUUCUUUAUUUUCCCCACUUCUAAUUCUAUUCAAAGCAGAUCAUUUUUUUUUUUUUUUUCCCGCUGAUGUCGACUUCGAUUCGCUCCGACGCCGAGGCCAAGCAGCUCCAGGAGCUUCUCAAGCUGGAUGGCAAUCGCACGUGCGCUGACUGCGGCGCCAAAGCACCCAGAUGGGCUUCGCAUACGCUCGGCGUGUUUCUGUGCAUGGAAUGCGCAGGGCAUCACCGCCAGCUUGGCGUUCAGUACUCGCGCAUCAAGUCCGUCUCGCUCGACACUUGGACGCCCGACCAAGUCGAGGUCAUGCGCAACAUGGGCAACACGCGCAGCAAUGAGCUGUACCUGGCGCGCGCACCCAAGCCAUUCAACCUGCCAACGGACAUGGACAAUUUUGUGCGGCGCAAGUACGUCAAGCGCGAAUGGCACGUAAACGCUACGAGCGCUCCCAGCACUUACACGCACGCUCCGGCUCACACGGCGGUCGAAUCUGACUUCCGUCCCAUCCCCGGCAGUCUUGCCGACAAGUUUUCUGCACAACUCGCACAGCUGGAAAGCAUGGGCUUCAAAAACCGCGACUACAACCUCCGAUCUCUCGAACGAAACAAGGGCGACAUUUCUGCCGUUGUGGAAGACAUCACCACGAACAACAUCCCUUCCCAGACGCAAAACACGGCAUACCAGCAGGCGCUUCGCCUGCUUCUCAACAUGGGUUUCAAAGAUGACCUUGCCACACACUAUGCGUUGGAGAAGGCGAAUGGCGAUGCUAAUCGUGCUGCAGACGAGCUGUUGACGAACGCAGCUCGCGAGUCGGGCGAUGCACCACCUGCCCGUCCUCCAAAGCCGUCGACGCCGAGCGCAGCUCCUGCCCGUCCGCCGCAGCCUUCCCCGGCCCGUCCCCCGAACGCCACGUUCCAACCCGACCCGAACGACCUGUAUGCGACCGUGCAAAAGCCCGGUCGCGGUGCACCGGCUGCAACAGGUGGCAACAGCUCGCUGAUCUCUCUCGGUGAGCCCGCCCGUCCCGCUCCUGGCGCGCAGGUCGCUUGGAACAGCGUUGCUGUUGCCAAUGCCCCGCCGCCAGCCCCCGCACCCGCUCCUGCCCCUGCACCCGCUCCCGUCGCUCUCGCUCCCGGUGACCCCUGGGGUGGCUCACCCGCAGUGACCUUCCCGUCGCAGCCGUCAACCUUCCCCGGCGCUGCCAACAGUCCCCGCUUCGUCGUCGUCGGCUGCGGCAAGCUCGAGCAGCCCAGCCAAUGCACCAAAGCCAUCCAAACAGGACAUCAUGUCGCUCUACAACAUGUCUUCGCCUGCACAGGCCCCUGUGGCUUACGUGCCGGUGGUUGCCACUCCAGCCGGAUAUGCACUUGGCACUCCUGUUCACGCUCCCAACCCUUACGCCUCGCCGAGCAAUGCGUACGCCGGUGCGCCGUACGGCGGUCAAGCUGCGGUCGGCUUUAUGCCCUCGCCCGGACAGCCGCAGCAAAACUAUGCGGCUGCUUACAACCCAGCCUUCGGCGCGCCUCACGCUUCCGGCUACGGCGGUGCUCAACAAGCUUACAACCCCGCUGGUGCACCUUUCAGCCCCGCUGGUGCUGCUUUCAACCCUGCUGUGAAUGCCAAUGGUCAACGGACGUUCGCAGCCACCAAUCCCUUUGCGUAGUUUGCGUCGGUGCUCGGACGGCAGCGCUAAUGGAUCUCUCUCGCCUCUCUGUACAAAAAAUGGUUUUCUUUCCGUCCUUGUUUUGGUUUUGUCUAUUGCGCAAAUGUGGCGCUGUGGGGUUUAUGUCAUUUGUGUGUAUGACAUGUAGCUUUUCCAGGCCUUUUUUUUUUUUUUAAAUGUUCUUUGAAGUUGCGUUUGGAGAUACAUAAAAAGUAGACACAGUAGACACACCAAUACAUGAC